CCUAACAAUAAUGAAAAUAGAAUCUUGUGAAUUAUUUAGCAGCAAAACCAAUACAAAGGUGGCAUUGUGUAAAAAGAAUAAUGCUUUUAACCAUAAUAUACCAUAAGAUGGAUAUCAUGUAAGCAUCUUAGAAACUUGGAGAUAAAUUAGACCAAGGAUGGGUAAAGGGUUGAGGUCUUUCCUGAGAUACCCAAAACUAGUAUGUCUAUGUCUGAUUUACGUUAUGUUCAGCACACUCUUCUUGAUCCAUAUUGUUCCAAAAGCAUCCAUAAAAGAAGUGAAGUUAAUUUCUGAAUUAACAGACCAUGCACAAGACCCCAAUCCAACUCUAGAAGCCAUUCCAACAAAAUCAGAUGAUGAUAAAGGGCUUACAGAACAAGGAGCGAAGAAAGGUCAUUCGCUCCAAGACGUAGGCCAUCUUGAUAAAAAUGCUCAUACAGAACUUCAAUGUGACAUGUCCCACUACCUUGGCUUAAAUAAAGAGAUAUGUAAUGUAGCACUGAACAAGGGCAACAACUCAUUAAUAUUAGGUAUGAUAAAGGGAAAGAACUCUAUACUGAAAGAGAGUAAUCAGGAAGCUUUGAAGAAUUUAGCCGAAAGUAUAGAAUUCCUGAAAGAUGUCUUUAAGCCAAGAAAAGAUAACUGUAAUAUUGACAAGGUUACGCUUCAUUGUGAUUCACUCAGGAAAUCAUAUGCAUAUGGGAAAGGCGCGAUUUCUACGGAAGAGAAGUUAUUUCCCCUGGCUUUUGCGUUGAAAAUUCACACAAGUGCUAAUCAAGCUCACAGACUGUUACGAUACAUUUACAGAGAACAUAAUAUUUACUGCGUCCAUGUUGACAAAAAGGCUCCAGUUGAAAUCUACAAUAGAUUCAAAAGAAUAGAAUCAUGUUUCGAUAACAUAAUAGUUAUUAAAGAUCGAAUAAGUGUGGUUUACUCGACAAUACGUCAGGUUGAAGCGGAACUGAAAUGUAUGGAGGCAGUAAGUGCAGCGAAGCAGAAAUGGAGAUAUUACAUUAACUUAACAGGUCAAGAAUUCAUGCUGAAAACAAAUUUGGAAAUCGUGAAGAUAUUAAAACUUCUAAACGGUACUAACGACAUUGAAAGCUAUCCUGUUCCCAUGACAGAAUAUCAUAAAUUUAAGCAAAGGACGCUCAUUAUGAACAAUUUACCAAUUGUAACUAGACAAAAGAAAGAACCUUUUGGACAAAACAUCAAAAUACAUAAAGGCAGUGCCUAUGGCCUCUUUAGUAGAGAUUUUGUUAAUUAUGUUCUAAAUGACAAUUUUGUUAAAGAUUUUUUAUUCUGGUUAAGAGAGACUUAUGCGCCAGAAGAAUUAAUCUGGGCUACUUUACAGAUAUUACCAGGAACACCUGGGGGUCAUCCAAAUGUUGACUUGGACAGACGUCAUACCUACAUUUCUCGUGCAGUGAAAUGGAAAAUGGACAAAACAGUGACUUGUCACGGAAAAUAUGUCCACUGGAUUUGUAUAUUUGGUUUGGAGGAUAUUCCAUGGUUGCUAAGCAACAGAAAUAUAGUUGCAAACAAGUUUUAUGAAGAUUACGCACCAUUAGCUUUAGACUGUGUUGAGAAAGAAAUGUACAAUAGACUUAUCAAUUAUGGUAAAAAUAAAAAUUUUGAUGUGGAUAUAUACAGAAAACUACUGCGUAAUAAAAUGUAAUUACA